ACCGACGACCACUCAGGGAGGGAAGAUGGAGUAGAGCAGAGGAGAUAUGCUGAUUUCGAGGACCCAUCCAUCCUAGUACUGCAGCUGAGACAGUUGUGUUAGACAAUGAACGUGGUUGUCACCUCUCCCCUCGCCAGUGAGGCCCCCUCCCCCAUGAUCACCUCAGUUACGCCCACCCUGGACCCCCCAUCAGGUGACCCCCAUGACCUGGAGGAUACCUCCUCCACAGCCUCUCCAGGCCUCGCUCCAGGGCCCAGCAAGGGCAGCCCUGGCCUGGACUCGCCCCCCCGGGAGAGAGACCCCUCGCAGAGGUCUCGGAAGCCCCCUCCCCUGCACACGGGGGCGGACUGGAAGGUGGUUCUUCACCUGCCGGAGAUCGAGACCUGGCUGAGGAACACCUCAGAGAGGGUCCGUGACCUCACACACUCCGUCCACCUGGACUCCCAGAACAGGCACGUGGAUGUGCACCUAGUUCAGCUCAAGGACAUCUGUGAGGACAUCUCAGACCACGUGGAGCAGAUCCACGCGCUGCUGGAGACGGAGUUCUCUCUGAAGCUGCUGUCCUACUCGGUGAACAUCAUUGUUGACAUCCGCAGUGUUCAGCUCCUGUGGCACCAGCUGAGGGUGUCCGUCCUGGUGCUCAAGGAGAGGCUGCUGCAGGGGCUGCAGGACUCCAACGGCAACUACACCAGGCAGACCGACAUUCUGCAGGCCUUCUCUCAGGACCAUGACCAGACCCGCCUGGACGCGCUGACUGAGGUGGACGACUGUGGUCAGCUGACCAUCAAGUGCAGCCAGGACUACUUCUCUCUGGACUGUGGCAUCACUGCCUACGAACUGAGUGACUACAGCCCCAGUGACGACGCAGAGGCCCGAGGCCAGGCCCAGGAGGGGUCACAGGAGGGUCCGCAGGCCCAGGAGGGGUCACAGGAGGGUCCGCAGGCCCAGGAGACGAGGUGUUCCUACCCUGAGCUCCAGCGAGACUUCCCAGAGCUCCUCCAGAGCGUCAACCUCCUCACCAUCGCCGCCGAGAACCUGUCCUCCAAUCAGGGGCUCGUCUCCAAAGAGAGGGUGGAGCCUGGCGCCUGUGAGGACACGCCCGCCUGUGUGGAAAAAGACAACAACUCUCUGUCCGUGCCCACAAUGCACUGCGGUAGCAGUACGCCUCAGAGCGAGAGUUCGCUCUCCAAGCGUCCUCUCCAGGGGAGGGUGAGCAGCGAAGUGUCCCCCACCCAGCCCUCUCUUCCCCCCAAGAGGGCUAUGUACCUGGAGGGUGAGGACCUCCACUACACCCACCCAGGGGGCAGCUUUCACAGAUCCAGCCUGCCUCCGGGCCUCCAGUUCCAGGCCGAACUGAGCCGGAGCACCCCCUCCCUUUUGGAUCCUCCGGAUCGCUCUAAGUUCUGGCUAGAGCUGGACAGUGUGUACCCCAAUGCAAACGCCAGCCAAUCCUACGAGAGCCUGCAAGCUAUGAAUGGAAAGAACCUGCAGAAGAGCCAAAAGCAGAGGCUCAGAGAGGGGCCCAAACUCGGGGGGGUCAUAGCCCCUUUCCCCCUGCAGAGGAGCAUCUCCGAGGCUGGCCGCCCCCCAGGCCUGCAGGAGUUUGAAGCAGAGUACCAGGAGCUCUGGGAUUGGCUGAUGGACAUGGAUUCAGUGGUGACGGACAGCCAUGAGCUGAUGAUGUCGGAGGAGCAGAGGCAGCAUCUCUACAAGGGUAACAGCGUAGAGAUGAGCAUGUGGCUGCCUAAGAAGACCCACCUGCUGGGGUGGGCGGAGUCUUUACGCAGGAGUGGGGCGGAGCUUCCCGUGGACUUUGACCAGCACGUCGACCUCAUGACCCAGAAGUGGAACCAGCUGCAGAAGAUCCUGGCGGAGCAUUCUGGGAGCUGUAGUCCUUUGCAGGACCCCAGUGUGGCUUUGUCACCCCAGACCAACUGCAUGGUGAGGCAGCUGGAAGAUCGCAUCAAAGAGCUGAAGGGCUGGCUGAGGGACACGGAGCUGCUCAUCUUCAACACCUGUCUGAGGCAGGACACACAGCCGCAGGCCAGCACGCAGCUCCAGAGCUUCAAGUCCUUGUGUCUGGAGGUGCGAGGCCGGCGUAAGGGUGUGGCCUCUGUGCUGAGACUCUGCCAAAGGCUGCUGGAGCAGGGCGAACAGCACAGGGAGGCCCUUCAGGUGGGCCCAGUCGCACAGCUGCACCAGGGGGCCCUCCAGAUGGGCCCAGAAGCAGAGCAGCACCAGGAGGCCCUUCAGCUGCUGGCUAUCAACCUAGAGCGUCGCUGGGAGGCCAUCGUCAUGCAGGCGCUGCAAUGGCAGACCCGCCUGAAGAAGGUCCUGGGGCCUGAGCAGGUUCCAGGGAACUUUCUAGAACCUGCUCUGAUGGACCUUCAUGGUGCUCCCCCUGAGGACUCCUGGGAAUGGGACGAGAUGGACAUGACCAUCGCAGACACGCAGGGCAGCCACACACACAGCCCUGACCUCCACUCGGACACCCACGGUCCACAGUCCUCAGGGUUAGCUCCCUCUCACCCUCUCUACCCCUCCACCCGGGCGGGGGACUCGAUGAUGGUCCCUCCUCCGUCCUCUCAUCAUCCAGUCAACACUGUCUAUCAAGUUUACAGCGUCCAUAACAUCGAGCUCUACUGCCAGCCCCACUUUCCUUCCCCUCUCCCCAAGACCCUCAGCCACGAGGCCCACAGGAAGCAGACCCUCAGCCACGAGGCCCACAGGAAGCAGACCCUCCUGAAGAGCCUGAGCAAAGACUCCUCCUUCUCCUCGGUGGAGUCUCUGCCCGACCUGCUGGGGGCGCAGAGGGGCCGGCAAGGCCCCCGGGGCGGCAACGCAGCCCGGCGAUCGGAGAGCGAGAGCGGGAUCGUCAGCGAGGGGGACACGGAGACCACAGCCAACUCUGAGACCUGCCAGCUGGAAGAGAUGGAGGGAGAGGGGGAGGAGGGGAGGGGCAGCCACCUCUCUCCCCCCCGGGGGUCAGACUCCCCCUCGGUGGACCGGGUGUGUGACGGGGAUAUUGAUAGGAUACUGGAGCGAGCCAAUCAGUGCGCUCUGUACGGAGACUGCGUGGUGCUGAAGAGAGACCCGAGGUCUAAAUCAGGAAGGAAGAGGAGGGAGGACAACGAGAGAGAGAUGAGACGAAAGAGAGAGAACAGAGAGAACAGGAAGAAUUGGGACGAAAGCGAAGAGGCGAGGAGAAAGAAAGAACAGGACGUCGAGAUGAGAAGGAAGCACACGAGAGACCCAGUGGAGAUCCUAGUGAACGGGCACGGCUUCACCCCUGACUCAGACUCCGAGGGGGGCUUUGGCUCCGACGGAGCCUGCAUCCCCGGCGGAGACAAGCAGGAGGGAGGGGUCACCAGCGGGCAGGCAAAGAGCCUCCGCCACCGAGUCUUCUCCCCCCUCCCCCUGCUGUCCCAGGGGUCGUCUUUGGAGUCUCUGUUCACAGCAGGGGAACUGUUCCCGGCAGGCAAAGACCCUCUGCCGCGCAGCAUCUCCCUGGAGAGCUGGCUGGCCCCUGGUAGGAGUGGGGAGGAGAUGGGCAGCCAGGGUAGUCUGGGGGAGCUGGGGCCGGGGGAACCAGGCGAGCCUGGGGAGGCGGGAGGCCUGGCCCCCGCUCUAGGAGGGGAGGCGGCCGGGGAGCUGAGCCGCCGCACCCUGGAGCUCCUGCGUCGCCUGGAGGACAUCCAGAGCCCCCUGGCCCAGAAGAUGACCCGCAGCAUCUCAGACAUCACCCUGCAGAGCUGCUCCCUGCGUCUGCCGGCCCCCGGGGGGCGUCUGGGCCCCCGCGGCCCCCCCUCCUCCGUCAACGAGAGCUCGGCCGCCUCCCUGACGGAGCUGAGCAGCGCCGAGGAGUCGUCCGCCGCGUCCGAGGACCUGGCCCUCCUAAAGAACCGCCUCUUCCCCGACACCAACGCCUCCUUCAGGAAGCGGUGCCAGCGCGCGGGCGCGGCCCCGGACGAGGCGGACGCCAGCGUCAGCAUGGUGGUCAACGUGUCCUGCGCCUCGGCCUGCACCGACGACGAAGACGACAGCGACCUCCUCUCCAGCUCCACCCCCACGCUCACCGAGGAGGAGCUGGGGGGGAGGGAGGGGGAGGAGUCCAACAUGACCUCCGAGGAGGAGGAGGAGGAGGAGGAAGACGAGGAGGAAGAGGAGGACGGCACGGAGGAGUCCUUCGCCCUGGGGCUGGAGUACAUGAGGAACGAGCUGCAGAGCUGGAUCAGACCUCGGCCUCAAUCCUCCUCUUGCUCGCCCGCCGCCAGGGAGAGAGGGGAGGCCGACCUGGGGGACGAGCUCCAGUGCGGGACGGCGUCCCGGGAGAACGCGUCGUCCCCCGCCAACGACCGCCGCUUCCUCAGCGGCGCCGCGCUGAAGCUUCUGGAAACCAACGCCAACGUGCGGAGCGAGCACGUGCAGAAGCAGCCCCGGGAGGGGGAGGUGGAGGCCAACAGGAGGAACGCCACGUGCAGCUACAUCAGCCGGCUGGUGGACGACAUGGAGAACGGCAACGUGGAUCAGUCCCAGCUGAAGAGGAAAGACGCGGAGGACGAACUGCUGAUGAGAGAGGAGGGGAGUCUUUACACCAAGACGGGCGAGGCCUGCAAGGACUCCGCGGGCGGGGACUCCAGGAACGCGGCCGCCAUGACGACCACGUGCUCCGCCUCCCCUUCCUGCGAGCUCCUCCCAAUUGAGAAUAAGCAGGCCUCGUUGGAAAGCCAGCUGAGGGGCGAGAUCCCGUGUCACAGCUCCUCCCACCCGUCCCCCUCCCUCUCCCCCGUGGAAGACUGCAGAUCCCAUCAUGCACUGCUCCGAGGUGGGGGCCGACAGGCGAUCAACAGUCAGGAGACAUUCUCGUCCUUCCUGAGGGAGGAGAGUUGUAGACAGCCCGCCUCCUACGCCCUCGGCCACGCCCACCCCCGAGGACGGCCCUCCUGCUGCGGCCACGCCCCCUCGUCCUCCGACUCCCCCGGCGGGCAGCAGAAGGGGGAGAACGUCCACAACUUUGUCAUGGAGAUCAUCGACAUGACAACCGUCGCCCUGAGGAACAAGGAGAUCCAGUCGGAGCAGCAGGGGAAAGAGGAAGGAGGAGGCUCCAGCCCACCUCCCCUCAGCUCAGCGCAGCUGGCCCAGAUCAGAGACAAGGUGCUGGAGCACUCCCACAGGCCUAUCCAGCUACGCAAGGGAGACUUCUACUCCUACCUGUCCCUCUCCUCGCAUGACAGUGACUGUGGAGAGGUCAGCACCUGCCAGGAAAGCAAGAACAACACCCCUCUCCUCUCCAACACCCCCGACCUCCCCCCUGCCAUCUCCCCCUCCCCGGACCUGCCCCCGGCCCUCUCUCCCACCCUGGACCUUCAGGACCAGGAGCUGCUGUUUAAGGCCUGCACAGAGGAGGUGUACCUGGGCCCCCCGCUGUGCUACAGCAUGGUCCUCACCAAGAGGCCCCGCAGACGGCCCAGUCCCAAACUCACCGACAGCUUCCUCUCCUGUCACCUAGGGCCCAGUCCCAUACCAACAGAAACCUUCCUCUGCGACAAUCGAGGGCCCAGUCCCCAGCCAACAGCAAGCCCAGACUCCUAUCUCCUGGGGCCUUGUCCCUCAGCAGGAGCCCGUCCCGUCCUCUCCCCUGCCCAGAGUGCGGCAGCAGCGUACCAAGGCCUCGCCCGCACCGCCGUCUCUCCGGGAAGCCCGACCGGUAGCCUGGCUGCGCCGAGCCGUAAUGAGCCUGCCUCUUAUCUUAAUCCCUCACGGUGUGAAAGCCAGAUAGACACUGUUGAAUGUUUUGCAGAUUCUAAAACGCUUGAAUCCAAUAUUGCUCCUGUAAUGACCAAGAUAAGCAUCUCUUGCUCCAGUACAAAUCCUUUAAAGGAGGCAGGCUGCGCCAGUAUUAAUCCUAAAAUUAACUCUCCGGCGAUGAGAGGGUGCGAUAGGGGCGAGAGAGGCUCUGCGGCUCAGUGGAUGAAACAGAGGAAUGUCAGGAAUGGCCGCAACUCGCUGCAGGAUGCAAAGGCCACUCAGAAACAGGCUCCAAGGUCAGGUGUAGGCAGCGUGGAGGGUACCAGGGGACCUCAGGUUGGCAGCCAUGUCACUGACAGAUCAGCUGCCUCCAGCAGGCCCCAAGUCAGGAGGCUGUCAGGGACCGUGGCUCCAGUCCCUGCCACAGCCCAGCUGUGAGGCUGUGGCAGCCCAGCCUGAGGGCCUGUCCUGUGGGCUCUCCUCUCACGCUGCAUGGCUCUCCCCUCCUGGAUGUCCCCAGGACCUGAUCAAGGACCAUCUCAUCCCCUCCACUGUACAUGCUGACCUGGGCCAUAGGAGAGGAAAAAAACAACAUCAUCGGACUCCAUGGCUUCUCCUCCUGGCCUUGUUCUAAGCUUCCCACUUCUUGUGCUCUUCCUGUUCUUGACUGCUGCAGCGUUGACCCCUAGCAACCUCCAGCUGAUCCAGGAAGUGGUUCAGCUUCUCACAUCCAACAGGAACUGAGCUACCUCACUGCUCUGCCACCAUGCAAUGACUGAAUGAAUCACAAGUGUGUGCGUACACACACUCACAUUCAGUUCUUCCACCAGUUUGCAUGGCAUCUCCCACUACUCCCCAGAUACUAUCUCACUACCAGUACUGUCCAGCCCCAGCUGCAAAUUCUUAGCCUAGGACCCCCCCCCCCCCUCCCUCCGCUGAGCUUGGGUGCAUCUCCACUGUCUGCUAAGAUCACGUUGUCUAGCAGGAACCUCAGCGGAGUCUCACUACUGCUACAGCAAGCAGAGGGCCUGGAACCAAGGCACACUGGAGUGUUCUGCUGGCUCCUGGGCGGGAGACCAUGGUAUUGUGUUCUUUCAAAUGGCAGAGAGAGAGAGUGAGGGUGACAGACGUACUCUAUGCAACACAGCGACAAUGCAACUUUGGAAACAGCUGAGUGGUGUGGUCUGCAGGUGGGUGUGAUAUAGAAGUGAGUGUGUGUGUGUACCAGUAUACUGUCUGAAGUUCCUUUUUUAAUACCUAAAAUGCAGGAGAGGAAAGGAAGGGGUUAAAACUUUAAAAUGUGUGCCUUGCUACUGUUAUUUCUGAUACCUUUUGUUAAAACUCUGCUUUACCAGUUAGGUGUUUAGAAGAAGUAGAGAAUGAGAGAGAAAAAAAGGAGGAUAAGGAAGGCAAAGGAUGACAAAAAGGCAAGGUUGAAAUAGGCAUCUGUAUAUAUGUAUACUGUACCUUUAAGCCUAGUUGUAUUCCGGUGGUACAUAUACUUGGUGUUUGUGUCUAACUGUAUGUGAACUGUGAUGUGAAAUAUUAUCAGCCUUAAAGUGCUAGACUGCAUGGUUAACAAUAUACUGUACUGAACAUGUUGAGAAAUAAACCUAAUUUAUUGGAAAUGAUGAUAGAAUAUGGUUUACCGAAUAUGUUUUCAAUUAAAUAGUGUGUGUGUG